AUGGACGACAAAGCUGGUAUUAGUUAACCGCGUUUCUUUAAAAACUCAUCGUCGUUUAUUUCCAGAGGCACAAAUAAAAUGCCAAAAAUAUCUUAUCUCGUUUAAAUUUAAGAUAAUCGCUGAUAAUGUACGUAAUUAUCAGCGUAAGGUAACAUCAAUACAUUUGCACCAAAGUUAAUAUAAAGCGAAUUAAUAAAGAUUUUGUUGUGAAAACAUGUGGUCAAUCAGUCGUGGUGUCAUACAAAGUGAUAUUGAAACCAGCGUUUGAUAAAAACUUCCUUCCUAUCAAUCACGAUUUAAUAUGUUUUUUGUGCAUUAGUUUUCGUGAAAUAUGAAAGUGUUCGUUGUUUUCAUUUUGAAUUUGAUACUAAUUUUAAACGAAAAAGUUGUUUUUAGUACAAAUUCAAAUACAACUGUUAGUGCUAAUGACGAAACCGAUGCCCAGUUAAAUAACACAACUACUAAGUCGACUAAUACAGAAAGUGCAUGUCCAGAACCGAAUCCCCCAACGCUAUUUUACAACGAAUCAAACAUUUGCUGGUAUAUUGAUGCGAAUAAUCAAGCAGAUUGUUUACCAAAUGAAAUACAUUUAUCAUGUGAUAGUUCAACUAAUGUUGUAAAUGAAAAUUUUAAUUAUAGCAAUCAUUGUAUGAAUAUAAAUGAUGAUUCAUACGAGUUUUAUCAAGGUGUGCGUUACACUUGCACAGCUACAGCUUCUACAGAUUCAAGUACAUCAACAGACUCAUCCCCGCUGAUAGCACCACCAGGAACUGGAGAGAUAUCACCCAUCACCUUAAAUGGAAGUCAAAUCACAUGGAACCCGCCGUUUGAAAACGUUACGCUAGUUUACAAAAUAAAAAUAUUUUCUUGGAUAUCGAACCAUUACAUUCCGAAGGAGUGUAGUCUUCCUGAUAAUAUAAAUGAUGAAACUACGGAACUGUCUUUUGAUCUAAUUGCUGUUCCAGCUGACUUCAGUUUUAACAUAGAAAUAUCUACAGAGUACUGGAAUAUUUCGGUCAUAGCAGCUGAGAUUUUAUCCACUCCCAGUAAAGUUCCCGGGGCUCCUACCGACAUAGAAGUACAGGAUAUUAAAGAUGAAGAAUCAAUUGUUUCGUAUAUUAUUCAUUGGAGUAUGCCUUGCGAUUCUAACGGAAAUAUCACUGGAUUUUAUUUAUUGUUAACUAACAACAAUUUUGAAUUUAACGAUUCUAUUGAAAUAACACAAUUAGAAGACAGAUACACGUAUAACUUACCAGAACUUACUCCCAAUGAAAUUUAUCACGUUCAGUUGUGUGCUGUAGGAAUAAAUGGAAAUGGUGAAUCAGCAAAUUAUGAUUUUUCUACAAAUGAAGGCGUACCUACUGCUCCGACAUUCGACGACCCGAUUGUAGCCUCAACUUUUUUUACACUGAAAUGGACGGCACCAGAAAAUUUCACCGAUGGUAGAAUAGCUAAAAUUGCGCUAUACAAAAUCAAUAUAACCCCUAAGGGUCCAAAUUAUAAUAGAAAGAAUGGUAGUUGUCCAAAUCCUGACAAAAAAUAUAUUGAAUUAAAUGGAACCGAAUUAAGUUAUAAUUUCACAGAAGCUUGGCCACAAUAUGAUUACAAAAUAUCGUUGAAUGCUGCAACAACCGCUGGAGACGGUCCAUCCGCAAUUAUUUCUAUCACCACCAAAUCAGGAGAACCGGAGGCGCCUCAAAAUCUUCAAAUUAUGACAACUGUAAACGACAAAAACAUGAAUAAUAUUAAGGGAACAUUAACGUGGGAUGCCCCGUGUAAAAUGAAUGGCGUAUUAGAAAGAUACGUAAUAAAUAUAUCCGAGAGGUAUACUGAAGAUUCAUCCGAUGUUGAACCGGAAAUACAGAAAAUUAAUUCAACCGAAGAAUAUGUCAUGUUAAAUCUACAGCCUUCUCAUUAUUACACAUUUGAUGUUACAGCUGUACUUGUUAGUGGAAAAACUGGAAUGGAAGCGUCCAACAAUAUUACUACAAUAGUUGGUAUUCCAGGUGUUCCAGAAAUCAUUACAAACGAUUCUUCUAGCAAUAAUUUCACAAUAAGCUGGCAAUCGCCUAAAGAAAAAGUUGGUCCUAUAGCAUACUUUUAUCUAAAUAUAAUCUAUAUGAAUCCACUUUACGACAUACCAACAGGUUGUCAAAUCAUAGAUGACGAAAUAGAUGAUCGUGUUGAAGGAAAUAUAUUUGAAUACACAGUAACGGACGUUCAGCCUUAUACUGCCUAUCAAGUACAACUCAAAGCCAGUACUAUCCAAGGAAACGGAAGUUAUACUGCAGCAAAUAUCUCCACUAUACAGUCAGUUCCGGAAAAUGUCCGCGAAGUAAGCAGCGCGUCGUUCGAAAACGAGUUAAAUGAUGAUUAUAAAGCCACAGCAACCAUUACAUUCUCACCACCGUGUAAUACUUACGGAAAUGAUGUUUCUUAUAGUCUGGAAUGUGUUGGUCAUCGAGAAGGGUACGAUGACCAUAAUAUUUUAGAUACAACGGAAAUCGACACUUAUUUUCAUUUUGGUUUACGACCCGAGCAUCUAUAUGCAUGCAAGAUACAUACCCGCAACGAAAUUUUCGAAAAUUCAAUACAACUUGAACAUUUUUUGUCUCCAGCUGGUGUUCCUAGUUUUGGAGAGGAUUUCCGAAAUAUUAGCGUUAAAAAUGUCAGCCCACAUGAAGUGUCGAUUACUUUGAAAGAAAAUUAUUUGAAUAUGUCCCAAGGAAAUAUAAAGUAUAUGGCGUUGAUUUUGAGCGAGGAAAAUAUUUUUGGUAAUGUAAUAAAUAGAUGGGAUGGAACUGCAUGGCCCUCUGUCAAUACCUCCUCACAACAAAUAACCGAAAAUGGAUGGGAUCCUUUUGAAAAUUCAACUGAGAUAGAUUUUAUUAUUGGACAAGGAACGGCGAAAAACCCGCCUUUGAAAGAUAAUACGCAGUAUUAUUUAGUAAUUAGGAUAUUUACUAAUAGUUUUUAUAGGGACAGUGAAUCUAUAGCUUUUAAAACAGAUAAAUUAAGUCAAGUAUCAACGAUUGUAGGAGUGAUAAUGUCUCUUUUAGUACUCUCCAGUUUGGGGGUUGCCGGCUUUUAUAUAUGGAAAAAAGGAAUUUACAAAAAAUUUCCUGCUAUUUAUCGUAAAAAGACAAAUUCGAAAUUAACCAGCACUACUGCAAUUCCGAUAAAAAAGUUCAUACAAUAUUUCAAGAACUGCGAACACAAACCCGAUAUUUUAAAACAACAAUUUGCUCUAUUAACCACCACCGCAGAUGAAAUUGAAGAAAUGCACACUUCGAAAUUCGCUUCUUUACCAGAAAAUAAGAGAAAGAAUAGAUACACUAACAUAUCGCCAUUUGAUGCCACUAGAGUUAAACUGUUAAUUGAUGAAGACGAUGAAAUUGGAUCUGAUUACAUAAACGCUUCCUACAUCAAUGGAUUUUCCGGUAAAGUAGAGUACUUAGCGACUCAAGGGCCUCUAGUUAGCACUCACAGAGAUUUUUGGAGAAUGGUGAUACAAGAAAAUGUUUCAAUUAUAGUUAUGGUAUCGAAUUUCGUAGAAAACAAUAAGCAAAAGUGUCACAAAUAUUUUCCACAAAACCAUGAAAAUAUGUUUGUUGGUGAUAAUAUUGAGAUAAGAUGUGCCACGGAAUUGCAUUUCGGAGCGUAUGUAGUGAGGAAUUUGUUAGUGAGGAAGGAUUGUUUGCAAGUGACGAUAACUCACAUGCAAUUUUUAGAUUGGCCCGAUUUCAAAGUGCCCACAGGAACCGAUAACAUGCUUCAAUUUUGUCAUCAGUUGAGGGAACGUGUGAGGUUAGAAGGUGGGAUGGUGAUUGUACACUGCAGCGCUGGUGUUGGUCGAACUGGUACCCUUAUAGCUGCAGACAUAUUACUACAGACUGUGAACUCUGGAAAAGAAAUAGAUAUUUACAAUACUGUCCUGAACCUCAGAAAACAAAGGGUCAAAAUGGUACAAACUGAAGAACAAUAUAUUUAUAUACAUCGGCUAGUAGCAGACCACAUAGAUAGACCACAGACACCAGAUUCGACUGAUGGUGAACACAUGUAUGAAAAUUCGGACAUUAUCAAAAGAUCAAAAACAAAUGAUUUCGAUUCGAAUUUGGAAAAUGAAAGCCAAUUUUGACUUAAGAAGAUUCGUUGUACAACUUAAUCAUUCCAAUGUGACUGAGAAGAUAGUACUUACUGUAUUAAUUGAUAAAACAAAUAUAGUUAUAACAAACAGCAUUUCGAAAAUGUAAAGUGAUAAUAAUUUUUAAGAUUUAAAUAUAAGGAAAAUAAAUUUUUCUAUCAAAUACAUUUAAUACUAAAUUUGACAAAUACAUAAUAAAAAUCUACAUUUAA